CGCGUCAAGUCGCGUCCGCUUUUUUUCUGAAAGAUGCUUUCUAUAAAGUUAGAAUAUUCAAGUGAAAUAUAACAAUUAAUGGUUGAAAUUAUGUCUGGAGGAUUAGUUGAAAAAGUAUACAUAGGUUUGGACCACGCGCCAGCCGCCUUCGACAUAAAAGGGCGUAUUCUUGGACCAAAUGGAACUAACAUAGAAUAUAUCCGUUCGGAAACGGGCGUAUUAGCCGUGUUGAAAAGUGAGAAAUUCGAGCCGUUGCAUUUAGCUCUGCAUCACACGAGAUCUGAGGCUCUGGCAGCCGCUCGGUCGCUAGCGCUGAACCUGAUCGAGACUAUUCGUGCUGAAUUAGCUCAGUGGAGCGCGCAGCAGGCUGGGGGCCCUCCGCCGCCGCUGAAUGUGCCGCCGCCGACGUUGGCUACGACAACUGCACCACCGCCCGUCCCGCCCCCUGUAGCCACCGUGGCGCUCUCAACGCCCUCAACAUUAACAUCCCCAGCACACCAGACAGUCAACCCACCUGUUGUCAGUGUAGCUCAGGCCACAACUCCUUUAAUGACAGUCCGGCAACCCACAGUCUUACAAUUCCUGCAACCGCAACAACAAUAUGUGCUUAAUCAGGAAAACGGUCAGUUAAUACCCAUAGUGCAACCCGGGGUGCAAGUGUCUAAUGCGGCAAACUUUACUCAUUUACCAAUAGCACAACAUCUAAGUUCGCUACAGCAGCCAAAUUUUGGUGGGACCCAGAUUGUGGAUUUAUCUAGCAUGCAGCCAGUUAAUGUGACUCAGUUACGGUUGAGUGGUGUGCCGUCUUCCAUGUCUAUGAUAUUGCCGAAUGGGUAUUCGUUUCCUCAAGCUAGCUUAACAUCAUCUGACACGACAACAGUGAGUUCGGCGACAUCUACUCCAGUAGUUUGUGCUGCUCAGAGUACGAAUGCCUCUCAGAAGAUCUUGUACAGCACAGACAAGGGAGACAAGGAUGUGAAGUACCACAUCCAAGGGGACACGGUGCAGUGGGCGAUGCCGGGCUCGCAGACCAUGUUGAUUCCAUACCAGCAGUUACAAGAUCUAACGGCUAAUCAGGCAUUGCCUAAUUUACAACAUCAACAAUUUGUUUCAAUAGCACCUGCCGGUGGCUUGCCUCAAACGUCACUCCCGCUUAGUGCAGCUCAGUUCCAGCAGCUUCAAGCCACGGGAACUAUCAUGCAACUUAAUCAGAAGCCAAUAGUGAGCAGUGGUUCACUGAUAAAUAUAAUAUCCACUGGGCAGGCGUCGUCACCUCAAGUGUUAUCUAAUUCAUCAACACCAACGAAAAAUUUGAAUCAAGAGAGUCGAGGGCAAAAAAGAUUGUCAGAUGGCACGCCAAGUCAGUUGCAGUUACGGCCUAUUGCUCCCGCUGGGUCGCAGGGCCAGGACAAGAGCUCGACCAGAGACUCUCGCACGUGGACGACUGCAGCUAGAGACAACACGGUGGUCAGUAUGGGGAUGAAAAUCAACCCGGCACAUGGCACUAUCAUACACGUGUCGUCUGGACAGCAGACCAACGUGUCAGGGGCCGGAGUAACGCAAGAGAACACCACCGGCAUGUACAUCCGGCAAAUGGAGCGCAACGCCAUCCAAAUACAGAGCAAAGACAAACAGGACCCCAACAAGCUUCAGAACCAGAACGUUCAGAUGAUCACCGUGCCCCAGGGCAUGACGGUUCUGCAGAACCCCCUCAACAUCAGCCAGAUGCCUAUGAUUGGUCAACAGAACAGCCAAGUCUAUAUGAUCCCCGCCAACCAGCAUAACAUCGUCCAAGGUGGCCUACCACCAGGCCUGAUUGGUCAGCAGGUGUUGCAACCAGGACAGAAUGUCACAGUCAUGCAACCUAAUCAAUUAACGAUGCCUAAUGGCGUCCAAUAUAACAUGCCUUUAAUGCAAAUGAAUUUACCACCUAAUUCGCACUACAUGCCUGCCGGAAUCAAUUUAAAUACGCAGCUAUCGGCGCAGCAGCUGAACGCAGCUUUAGCCAGUCAGCAACUAACUAACCCUAAUAUGGCUGUGUCAGGAACUAUUCCUUUAGUCCAAGCACCUCCUCCAGCGUCACCAAUGGCUCAAACUAACCCACCAACCCAACAGCCGGUCCACCAAAUUAUGCCUCAAAAUUCCACCUUCAUCACCCCCACUUCUCAAUACGCCGGUAUGCCCGCUCAAUACAUGAUGCAGUCUAAUUCGGGAGCUAUAGUUCCAGCCAAUAAUCCAGUGCAGUACACAGUCCCGGCCAAUCAGAGCGCGAACCCACCAGCGAAUAACGGCAACGGCCAAUCAAAUACGUCUUCGGAGAAUGAAUCCACCAAUGGCACGAAUCAGACGAAUUACAUAACCUCUUCAUCGCAGGAAAACUAUGCUAUAACUCAGAAUCAACAGCAAAUAAUGACCAAUGAUGGAGCAGCGACGCAAACGUUGACCAAUCAGCAGACGCAACAGAGUUACACGAACAAUGGCAGCAAUCCUCAAACGUAUAACGUAAAUCAGACGACAACCACGCAACCUCCAGCCACAUAUCAGCCUACAAACGGCUCAAAUCCCCAAGCUAACACACAGAACUACGCCGCUUCCACACCUAUAUCUCAAGCGCAAACCUAUUCACCGUCAACCACACCAGCGCCUAACCAAAGUUAUCCGACGACGAAUCUCCCAAACAUGCCUAAUGUUGCAUUCCCACCUAACCAAACGCCUAACCCUUAUCCUAAUGCGACAGGGCAAAACAUGGCAGCUUAUGCUAACAACCAGUAUCAGUACACUAGUCGACCAUGGUUCAGGCCUCGGUACGGGUCUCCGCAGGGCUCUCCGUACGGCGCCGGAGCCCCAACGGGGCCUCCGAUGCCGGUCCCGCCGCCCGCUGGGAACUACAACUACUGGCAGGACAGCUGAGAGUUGGAGAGCAACGUCUGGGAGGAGGGACAAUCCUUACUGUGAUUUGAUGCAGUAUUAACGUAAUGAACGUAUAGAAACUCUUCAAAAAUUGAAAAAUGUCCAAUGCUGGACAAAGGACUUACGAGAAUAUCUAUAAAAAGCGGAGCAAAUGCCUUUAGACAAAAUGACGAACCAAAUCUGAUGAAUCAGAUCGAUUUCUCGGGAGGUAUCGCUGGGGCGAUGAGGUUGAAGCGGACUUGCGCGAUCUUCAAGCCGAUAACUGGCGGGAGAUUGCGCUGGAUCGAGACAACUGGCGUUUACUCGUGUCGGAGGCCAAGACUCAUUUUGGGUCGCUGCGCCAUUAAGUAGUAGUAGUAAAUCUGAUGAAUUGAAUACACUUUGUUCAAGAGCUUUCCCACGCUGGAUCUCUCGCUUUUACAGUUGAAAACGUUUCUGUAAUAGGAGAAUGGAACCCAAAAAUAUAUGAGUGGACUGAAAAGAUAUAGAUCUAGAGAUUCUUUACGGAGUAUUAAUGUACCCUUGACUCAGACGUUAAAAAUGUCCACCGAU